AUGGCGCUUUCACCAGUAGUAACACAUACGACUGAGGCCGGUCAGGCGCAAACCCUCGGGCGCGCGAUCUCUUCGCCCCUCAAGAAUGUCACCUCGCAAACCUCUUCUUCCAAUGGAACGCCUAUGCCUCCUGUUACUUCUGCGCCUGCGCCCACGAGCAUCCCUACGACACUCGAUCUCGCGGAGCAGAUGAACGAUGAAGAGAAGCGCAAAUAUGUCAAGGGCAAGAAGCUAGGUGAAGGUACCUACGCCGUAGUUUUCUUGGGCCACCUCCGCUCAAAGCCCAGCACCCUCGUGGCCAUCAAGAAGAUCAAGGUCCAGAAAGAAUAUGACGAAGGCAUGGCUCCCGACGCCGUCCGCGAAUUGAAGCAUCUCCAGGAGCUCUCUCAUCCCAACAUUAUCUCGCUCCUCUCUGUCUUCUCCUCCAAAGAUCAGAACCUCAACCUCGUUCUCGAGUACCUGCCCCGAGGCGACCUGGAAAUGCUCAUCCGCGAUACCGAAUCCGUCCGUUACGGUGCUGCAGACAUCAAAACCUGGAUGAGCAUGCUCACUCGCGCUGUCUGGUUCUGCCACGAGAACUUUGUCCUCCAUCGUGAUAUCAAGCCAAACAACUUGUUGAUCGCGGACGACGGCGAGGUCAAGCUUGCUGAUUUUGGUCUGGCGCGCAGCUUCGCAGAUCCCCAUCAGCUCAUGUCCUCGCGCGUCAUUACUCGAUGGUACCGACCCCCUGAGCUGCUCUUCGACGCGAAGCACUACAGCGGCGCAGUCGAUGUCUGGUCCGUUGGUACCGUCUUUGCCGAGCUCGUCAUGCGUGCGCCCUAUCUUCCUGGAAAUACAGAUCUCGACCAGGUCCGUCUCGUUUGCGAGCUCGUUGGUACUCCGACGGACGACAUCUGGCCUGGCGUUACUAAACUUCCUGGCUAUGCUGUUCCCGGGCAACACCCCGUGCGUGGGAAGGACUGGUACGAGAUGCGAUUCGGUACAGUUGGUUCCGAUGGUGUAGAUCUGCUCAUGAAGACCCUUAUUCUGGAUCCGAAGAAGCGCAUCACUGCCCGUGGUAUGCUCGAGCACCCUUGGUGGCACUCUGAGCCCAAGCCCACACGCAAGCAGGACCUCCCUCGCAAGGGCGGUACAGGAGCCGACGACAAGAUGGGUGCUGAUCUCAAGCGUCGUCCAGGCGUGAUUGACGACGACAGAGGUUCAAAGGUUGCUCGUAAGCUCGAUUUUGGCGGUAUGAAAUAG